AUGGAGAUGGAGAGGGACCUUGGGGACAGCUCCACAGGGCCCAAUAUCACCAACAGCACAGGAGCUCCAGACAGCGCUCUCCCUGUGGUGGUGUUCACAGACAGGAUGAUGGUGCUGGUGGUUAUCCUGGCGCUACUCACCCUCCUCACUGUGCUCGCCAACAGUGCUGUCAUCACAGCCAUCUGCACCACCAAGAAGCUCCACCUUCCCGCUAACUACCUCAUCUGCUCCCUGGCGUUCACCGACUUCCUGGUAGCUAUCCUGGUCAUGCCAAUCAGCAUCCUAUACAUUGCCACAGAGUACUGGUCGUUGGGCCAGGUGGUGUGUGAGGCCUGGCUGAGUGUGGACAUGACCUGCUGCACAUGCUCAAUCCUGCACCUGUGUGUCAUAGCGCUGGACCGCUACUGGGCUAUCACCAAGGCCAUCGAGUACGCCCGUAAGAGGUCGGCCCGCCGGGCAGCUGUCAUGGUGGGCAUCAUCUGGGUCAUCUCAGUCUUCAUAUCCAUUCCACCCCUCUUCUGGAGACACAGGCCCGGUAGCCACGGCCCAAAACAGUGCAUCAUAGAGCAUGACCACGUGGGCUACACUAUUUACUCCACCUUCGGGGCCUUUUACAUCCCCAUGACCCUUAUUCUCAUCUUGUACUAUAGGAUUUACAAUGCUGCUAAGACGCUCUAUCAGAAACGGGGCUCAUCGCGGCACUUGAGCAGCCGAAGCCAGACGAAGACUGAUAGCCAGAACUCUCUGAACCACUGCCGUAUGGCACACACCUUCUGCGUAUCGGACCUAUCCACCUCAGACCCCACUCUAGAGUUUGACAGGCUCAAUGCCACCAUCCGUAUCCCCUCAUUUGAGACAGAUAUGGACGGGUCAGAUGAGAGGAGCCAGAUCUGUACCUCCAGGGAGAGGAAGGCAGCACGUAUCCUGGGCCUCAUCCUCGGGGCUUUUAUCCUCUGCUGGCUGCCUUUCUUUCUGAAGGAGCUCCUUGUGGGCCUACAGGUCAUAACUGCCUCACCCCAGGUGUCAGACUUCCUAACCUGGCUGGGCUACAUCAACUCACUUAUUAAUCCUCUACUUUACACCAGCUUCAAUGAGGAUUUUAAGUUGGCCUUUAAGAAACUGCUCAGACGAAAGGAGCAUGCAUAG